GGCGCGCAGAGGAAGGAAGAGCCGGGAGGAGGCGGAGCCGGCCAGCGGCUCGGGCGGGCGGUUCUCUCAACUUUAGUUUUGGCGUCUGAGGCGAGUUUCCGUCUCAGUCGGGCGCAGCCGCCGCCGGGGAAAAGAAAGAGAGGAAGGAAGGAACAAGAAAAGGAAAUAAAAGAGAAAGGGGGAGGGGAAAGGCAAACUAGCUGUCCGGCCUCCGUCAACGGAGUUGAAGGGAGAGAGGGGGAAAAAAAAGUUCUGAGGCGCCGCAGGUCCGAGUUUCUGGCAGCCCCUCCCGAGGCGCCGCCGCCAGACCAGUGGAGCCCGGGCGCAGGGCGGGGGCGGAGGCGCCGAGGCGGGGGAUGCGGGGCCACGGCGCAGCCCCCCGGCCCUGAGAGCGAGGACAGCGUCGCUCCCGCCGCGCAGCGCCGCCCAGCCCGCCGCACUCGUCGCUUCUCCCGUCUCGGCCCGAGGAGCCGGGGCGUCCCGGCGGAGCCCUCGCCCGCCUGGUCAGGGGGUGCGCGUUGGGGGAGGCAGCAGCCAUGGAUCCCGCGCAGCAGCAGCCGCCGCCUCAGCCGGCUCCCCAGGGCCAAGGGCAGCCGCCCGCACAGCCCCCCCAGGGGCAAGGCCCUCCGUCCGGGCCCGGACAGCCGGCACCCCAAGCGUCCCAGGCGGCGCCCCAGGCCCCCCCGGCGGGGCACCAGAUCGUGCACGUCCGGGGGGACUCGGAGACCGACCUGGAGGCACUCUUCAACGCGGUCAUGAACCCCAAGACGGCCAACGUGCCCCAGACGGUGCCCAUGAGGCUCCGGAAGCUGCCCGAUUCCUUCUUCAAGCCUCCGGAGCCCAAAUCGCACUCCCGACAGGCUAGUACCGAUGCUGGCACGGCCGGUGUCCUAACGCCACAGCAUGUCCGAGCUCAUUCAUCCCCGGCCUCCCUGCAGCUGGGAGCCGUGACCCCGGGGACGCUGACCCCCACGGGAGUGGUCUCUGGCCCAGCAGCAACACCCACGGCUCAACAUCUUCAGCAGUCUUCUUUUGAAAUACCUGAUGAUGUUCCUCUGCCAGCGGGCUGGGAGAUGGCAAAGACUUCUUCUGGUCAGAGAUACUUCUUAAAUCACAUCGAUCAGACAACAACAUGGCAAGACCCCAGGAAGGCCAUGCUCUCGCAGAUGAACGUUCCAGCCCCCACCAGUCCGCCGGUGCAGCAGAAUAUGAUGAACUCGGCCUCAGAAUGGAAUAACCAAGAUAAUAGCAACUUGGAGCUCAUUAGGGGUCCUCUUCCUGAUGGAUGGGAACAAGCCAUGACUCAGGAUGGAGAAAUUUACUAUAUAAACCAUAAAAACAAGACCACCUCUUGGCUAGACCCAAGGCUUGACCCUCGUUUUGCCAUGAACCAGAGAAUCAGUCAGAGUGCCCCAGUGAAGCAGCCACCACCCCUUGCUCCCCAGAGCCCACAAGGGGGUGUCCUGGGUAGUGGCAGUUCCAACCAGCAGCAGCAGAUGAGGCUGCAGCAAUUGCAGAUGGAGAAAGAGAGACUGCGACUGAAACAGCAAGAAUUGCUCCGGCAGGUGAGGCCACAGGCAAUGCGGAAUAUCAAUCCCAGCACAGCAAAUUCUCCAAAAUGUCAGGAAUUGGCUCUCCGUAGCCAGUUACCAACACUGGAACAAGAUGGUGGCACUCAGAAUCCAGUAUCUUCUCCUGGGAUGUCGCAGGAAUUGAGAACAAUGACAACUAAUAGCUCAGAUCCCUUUCUUAACAGUGGCACCUAUCACUCUCGAGAUGAGAGUACGGACAGCGGACUAAGCAUGAGCAGCUACAGUGUCCCUCGCACGCCAGAUGACUUCCUGAACAGCGUCGAUGAGAUGGAUACAGGUGAUACCAUAAACCAAAGCACCCUGCCCUCACAGCAGAACCGUUUCCCAGACUACCUUGAAGCCAUUCCUGGGACAAAUGUGGACCUUGGAACACUGGAAGGAGAUGGAAUGAACAUAGAAGGAGAGGAGUUGAUGCCAAGUCUGCAGGAAGCAUUGAGUUCUGACAUCCUUAAUGAUAUGGAAUCUGUUUUGGCUGCAACCAAGCUAGAUAAAGAAAGUUUUCUUACGUGGUUAUAGAGCUCUCAGGUAGACUGAAUUGUAAAUCUGUGAAGGAUCUAAGGAGAUGCGCCAGUCACAGUUUUCUGGCCAUUACAGAAACAGAUGAACAGACGUCCAGCAAGAACCUUUCAUCCACUCUCUGCCCUCCCUUGUCCGUUGCUGCUGUUGAUAUAUUGCUGAACUCUUACAGUUGGCUCUAAAAAAUCAAAAA